GAGCUCAAGGAAAAGCUGCUGGUGACCUGGGGCCCAGGACCCAAAACUAUGGGGCUUGCAGGACCAGAGACAGCUGGGCAACCACAAGUGACUCUGCUGCCUACACUCAAUGGGAGUAACCCAAGACAGGAUGAUGUGGAUGGCCACUGGCCGGAGAUUCCAGAGAGAUCACCAUGCGUGGCUGGUAUCAUCCCUGUCAUCUAUUACAGUGUCCUGCUGAGCCUGGGUCUGCCUGUCAAUGUCCUGACUACAGUGGCCCUGGCCCGCCUCGCUGCCAGGACCAGGAAGCCCUCCUACCACUACCUCCUGGCACUCACAGCCUCAGAUAUCGUCACGCAAGUGGUCAUCGUGUUCGUGGGCUUCCUCCUGCAGGGAGCCGUCCUGGCCCGAAAGGUGCCCCAGGCUGUGGUACGCACGGCUAACAUCCUGGAGUUUGCUGCCAAUCACGCCUCAGUCUGGAUUGCGGUCUUGCUCACAGUGGACCGCUACAACGCCCUGUGCCGCCCCCUGCGCCAUCGGGCCACCUCGUCCCCAGGCAGGUCCCACCGCGCCAUUGCCGCUGUCUUUAGCACGGCCCUGCUGACCGGCAUCCCGUUCUACUGGUGGCUGGAUGUGUGGAGGGACGCAGACCCCCCCAGCACUAUGGACAAACUUCUCAAGUGGGUUCACUGCCUCGUCGUCUACUUCAUCCCCUGCAACGUUUUCCUGGUCACCAAUUCAGCCAUUGUCCUCCGGCUGCGGAAGAAGAGCCAGCGAGGGCCGCAGCCCUGGGUGAGCAAGAGCACAGCCAUCCUCCUGGGUGUCACCUCCCUCUUCGCUAUCCUUUGGGCACCGCGCAUCUGUGUCAUGCUGUACCACCUGUAUGUGGCCCCCGUCCACCGGGACUGGAGGGUCCAUCUGGCCUUGGACAUAGCCAACAUGGUGGCCAUGCUCAACACAGCUGUCAACUUUGGCCUCUAUUGCUUCAUCAGCAAGACUUUCAGAGCCACAGUCCGGCAAGUCAUCCACGACGCCCACAUGUCUUGUACCUUAAAGUCACCGCCCAAGGGCACAGUAGUAGAACUUGUGUUGAAGUCCGUAGGGACAGAGUUGUAG